AUGCAUGCUUUCGUCCUUUCCCGACCGGAACGACCAAGUUAUUGCAAAGUUCGACAAACUCGACGGAGUCCAAGCGCAACUGCUUUCUCGAAAAAAGUAGCAACAUCACUAAGUGUGGAAGAUGUUGACGCCAUCAAAAGUAUUUUAAAUUACAAGCAUUCGGUGAAACUCGAGUGCGCACAGUUCACAGAAGGCUUCUGCAACCAAGUUUUCAAGGUCUCAUGUGGAGGCGAAACCUUUGUAGUAAAAAAGUACAGCAAGUUGUCAAAACUGCGCUGUGACUUACUGAGUUGCAUCGAGAUGCAUAAAACUUUGGCAGAACGUGGCAUUUGUCCGCAUUAUAUUUCACACGCCGAUGAUAUCAUCGUUACUGAGUACUUGGAUGGCCGAGUUCUCCGAGAAGAAGAUAUGAAGGAACUUUCGUUCUGCAAGUCAACUGCUAAAUUAAUAAGUAGGCUGCACUCAGUGCACGUAGAGGGACGUGAGCGGGCACUCAUAUGGAAAUGGUUUCAUCAAAUGCUGAUGCAGUUGCGACCACUUGAGGGGGGCAUGAUCGCUGGUGUUGGGGUCAAGGAAUUAGAGGAUGAAGUGUUCAAAGUGGAAUCUUUCUUCAAGAGCGUUCACUUACCUAUCUGUUUCUGUCACGGUGACCUGAAGCCAUCGAACGUAAUCUACCAACAGGACCGAAACUUCAAGUUGAUCGACAUUGAUUUAGCCGGCCCAAAUUAUCGUGGAUUCGAUACAAUGAAAUUGUUUCGAACUACGAACUCCUUCUACGAUGAAAGUUUGCUAUCAUUUUUGCAAGAGUACCAGGCGGAAAAGAAUUCAGAAAUGAACGUUGAAGGACUAUUUUAUGAGGCUCAAAUGUGCGAGGCACUCACAUGGCUCGAGGCAGCUUUAUUUUUCGCAACACUAGUUCCCAUGAAUGGAGAGACGUCUCAAAGAAAUCUUUCCCUAUUUGAAGAUAGGUGGUUACAUUACAAGCAGACACAGUGGAAAUUUGUUUACUAUGGAAAACUUCUCAAGGACAUCGGUUAG